CUGUCAGCACAGGGUCGGACGCUGGGCUUGAACCCACAAACCAUGAGAUCAUGACCUGAGCCGAAGUCAGACGCUUAACUGUCUGAACCACCCAGAUGCCCUGGGGAUUUUCUAUUGAAGGCUCCUCACAGGCAAAGAGCAGCACCCUCAUAAAGACUGAGCAGGUUGAGAUAAAACAGAGACAGGAUUCUCUCCUGGUGCUCAUUCCGGUGAGUCUUCCCCAUCUCCCAGCUCACAGAGCCUCCUUAUGUCACAGUGAUGGCUGAAGGGAAAGAGAGGGAUAGGAAAAGAAGAGACAGGAGAUAAGUUUCAAAGAAGAAGAAUAAGGCUUGAAGCUUAAAGAAUGAAUAGGAUCAUGGUCAGAAAGGGCCAUAUAAUUUUAGUAAAAGCAUUUGGAUUUCAGCCUGAAUACACUCAAUGUGCAUUUUAGAAAAAAUCACUCUGCCUGAUAUCCAUGAAAUGAUGGAUAACUAGUAUCUUUGGAACAUGGUUCGGAGUGUUUUAAAAGAAUAAUCUAUUCUAAAAUUAAGGGUUUAAUUUUGAAAGGUUUAUUUACACUUAUUUCUAUUUCCUAGAUGAAGAAACUGAGGUAUAGCAAUGUUAUAGCUCUUGUGCAAGGCUCACACAGCUAAUAAGUAAUACUUUAUUUACUUUUCUUCAACUCUAGAGUGAAUAAGUCAUGAAGCUGGUUUCAACACAAUUAGUCUCACUACAGAGCUCAUGCUCUUCAGCACUAGAAAGCACUGUGCCAUAAUCAACCCAAGAAAUGAUGGCUGGAACUGUUCCAGUGAGGAUGAUGACAACUGUACUGAUUUUCAGGAUAUUUUUAGAAAUAGAAUCAAUAGAGUUUUUUUUUUUUAAGAGGUGGAGAAGGGAAGAGGAUGAUGCUCAUAUUUCUAAAUUGGUCAAAUAGUUAAAUGGUAAUGACAUUUACUGAUAUUAGACAAGAGUGAAAGUAAGAUUGAGUUAAAGUGGGAGUCUGGUAGAGACAGGUUUGGGGAUUCAAUUUUAGGAAUAUUUUAUUUGUAAUAUUUUGGCAAAAGAAGAGCGAAAGUAAUUGCCAAGAAGAAUUUGGUUUUGAGAACCUGAAUUUGAUAAAUUCUGAGCGUUAGCAACUUUUACUUAGGAUUUUUCAUUGUAAAGAUAGCUAUCAAAGCAAUGGAUGUGAAUGGGAUUGUUUAUACAGAUUAAAGUGGAUGAGAAAGAGCAGUAACUACAGCUGAUGGUUAAGGAUCACCAAUAGUUAAUGAAUGGUCAGAAAAAUGUCUUUAAAGGAAAAUGAGAAGAUGCAACCCAGAGAGAUGGAAAAACAUCAGAAAUGUUUAGUAUUAUAGCAUUUAUCUCUCUGCAGAUUACAAUAAUGCAGUUACAAUGUUUUAUAUUUUAGUUACAGAUGUCAGGAUGUGAGGCAGUGUUGGCAUUUAUAGGGAAGCAUUUGACCUUGAUACUGAGAAGUGGUAUGUACAUAUGAAUCAGAAUAAUAAUUUUGAGAAAUUCUACUCUGUAUUAACUUUAAGAAUAGAUUGUAUGAUUAGAUCAAAAUGUUGGUGUAGAGUUUCUUUCACUAUUGAUAGGAUAGUUCCAUGCAUUUAUUUAUAGAAAUUUGUUUCUCUUGCAUAUCUUUGUUUAUAAACAUUGCAUCAGAUUAUAUAUAACAUUUUUUAUUAUGCAUGAUUGCACAGAUCUCAAUUUUAAAAUGUCUCAGAACAGUUUCUGACACAUAAAACACAUUCUGUAGUAUUUAUUUAACAAAUGAGUAAUGCAUACAUUAACAUGAAACUAUUAACAAGAAGAUUAGAGAGCAAAUUAGUCUGACCCAGGAAUUAUUUAUUAUUAACCCCUAAUAUUUAUUACCAUUAACAAUUUAUUAAUUAUUAAUCACUUAAAUAUUAACUUCCUUGAUACAGUAGACUCUGCAUGUUUGGUAAGUAGUUUACAUUUUAAAUUAGAUACAGAAAUGUAAGCAUGAGUGAUGCUUGUAAUAAUGCUGUAAUACAAAUCUGUAUUAGAUCCUAUAGGAGCACAGAAAGGAUCAAGUAAGUCAUCAGCACCUUGUAUAUGGAUCUUAAAUAUGUCUUGAAGGAUGCUUUUCAAAAAUUUUUGAUGGAACUUUCCAUUAUUGUUAAUACACUUUUGUCCAUGAGAAGCUUAGAUAUAACACUGAUGUUUUUAUCAAUUCAAACACAAGGGAGUCAAGAAGAUAUCAGGGUAUUCCUAUGGUAACAUCAGAUGCAUAACAUAUCUCUGGGAAGGGGUAAAAAUUCAAGAUGGCUUAAGCACAUGAUUGUAGGUAUUCUUGGCUUGGAAGAUAAGAAUCAAAGUUACUAGUAACCCUUCCUUUAACACAUCCAUCUCACUGUAACUUUGCCGCACUUAAACUUUUGUAAAUACUAAAGACCUCGUCAACAAGUAUGACUAUCUUUGCUACUCUUUCCCAUGUUUAUAUAUUCACGUUGCCCCUGGGGUUUUGCAAAAUUUUUUCUUUAAUAGUCACCUAAGAAAAACUAUUUAAUGUCCACAGGAGCAUAAAGAUUUAAUUGUGAGAAAUCAGAUCUUAUUCCUGUCUCCGUAUUCCUUAUUUCCACUCCAGGUUUCUGUGUUCUUUGUCUAUAUUUGUCUUCUAGUUGGUUUAUUCACACCAUUUUCUGACUUCUUAUCUCAUAUUAUCUCAUACUGCAUCAUUGUGGAAUAUAAUUGUAUGACCAGGGAGACAUAAUUUCCCUUAUCUUAUUUGCAAUCACAAAAUAUAGUACUAUUCUCUUAGAAAAACCAGAGGGAGCUUAUUUUUUCCCUUUGCAAUCAUAUCUGCAACUAAUGUCCCGAGUAAAUUCCCCAUUAACUGAGAAACUGUUCUAUAUGUGUAUACUGGAAAAAAGAAAAACUGCCUUUUUUUUUUUUUUUGCUAAUUUCCACCCUUGGGCUUCACAGAAACACUUGCCUCUGACUGAAUUCUACUUUUACUCCUUUUGUCCAUUGUCAUACCUUUUAAAAGUAUUCACAAUUUCACUGUUACGACGUAACUUUACAGAAAUAGCCUCUAUUCCUGUUGAAACUGCCAGUUUCCUGGCUUUGCUCUUCGCAUUUACCAUCCAUAUUCAACUGCUCAUCCCAUACUUUAUCACACUUUUUCUGUUUUUUUCCUCCUCCUUAUGUCAGAGUUUUCAUCAUGUCCUGCUUUCUUGCUGAGGAUGAGGUCACAAUUAAUAUUGCUGCCAUGGAAUCUCCAAAUAAUCAGAAAAGAGACUUUUUAUUAUAAAAUAGUUACCCAUAUGAAUGAAUAAAUAUUUUGGAAAUACUGCCCUGUCAAAUGCUAUAAACGAGCUACAUGAAGAUGUGUAAUACAUUUAGGGAACUUAAAAAAUGAUUGAAUUAUCAAGCACUAAUUAUCCAAUAUUCCUGUUUUUUUCCCCUCUCACUAGUUUUCUUAUUGACAUUUUGACAUGUGUCUCCAACUCCUAAAGUCACAAUUGCCUUAGCUAAAAACAAAAAAUAACAAAUUUUAUACAGACAGAUGUCGUGAGUUUUAAAAAAGAUUUAUAAUUUGUAUGUAUUUGUAUGUGAGUGGAGUAUUGUGUGCGCAUGUGUGGUUGUAGUGUAUAUAAAAAUAGGUGAAGCACAUCUUUUCCUUUAUUUCCAUUUGCUAUUUUCCUCCCUAACUUCAUUUUCCAGACCUUCCACUGAAAACAUUUUAAACUUCCGGCAAGCCACUUUAAACUCUUUGAUCAUUAGAUAACUUUUAUGUAAAAUAAGUAAAAUUAAUGUUCUUCUUGAAAGGCAUUUUUAUUUAAAUAUUGGAGAUGAUUUUUGCACAGAUUCUGACAUAAAGCCUUGUAAAUAAUGGAUAGCACCUCACUAAUUAGUAUCUGAUAUUACUGUUUUCACUAUUAUUCCCAAUCAUAUUUUGUAAAAAUUAUUACUAAAUACUAACAGAUGAACCAAUUUAACCAUUUGAGGUAAUUUUUAAUAUUUUGGCAUAAAAUCGAUGCACCUGUGUGUUUUUUGUGUAAUUAUUGUUCAUCCUGUGUGUUAAUCCCGGAGUGUUGUCAAUCAACUGGAAUUAAUUUCCGUCACUAUAUUUAGAAGCUAGCAAAAUCCUAAACUGGUCAAAAUUGAAGGGGGAUUCUUUUGGCAAUGAUGGUGAUAAUGAGAAAAAGUAGCUAAUUAAGUGUUCUUACAUUAUCUUUAGGUCUCUAGUGAUACAGAGAACUAUCUGGGUCAGCAUACAUUUCUGAAGGCUUAGGCAUUACCAAAAAGAAUGUUCCUUCUCAAUGACAGCCAGUUCCACCUCGUCUCCUUCUUGUUGCUGGGGAUUCCAGGGAUGGAAACAUUGCAUGUCUGGAUUGGCUUUCCUUUUUGUGCUGUGUACAUGAUUGCCCUCAUAGGGAACUUCACUAUCCUAUUUGUGAUCUGGGUUGAGAGCAGCCUACACCAGCCUAUGUUUUACUUCCUGACCAUGUUGGCUGCUAUUGAUUUGGGUCUGUCCACAGCUACCAUCCCCAAGAUGCUCGGGAUCUUCUGGUUCAACCUCAGAGAGAUCAUCUUUGAAGCCUGCCUCAUGCAGAUGUUUUUCAUUCACAGCUUCACACUUAUGGAGUCAGCAGUCUUGUUGGCAAUGGCUUAUGACCGCUAUGUGGCCAUCUGCGAUCCGCUUCGAUACAGCACCGUCCUCACCAACAAGAUUGUCUCUGUGAUUGGUGUUGGUGUGUUAGUGAGGGCAUUUAUUUUUGUGAUUCCAUUUGUGUUUCUUAUUUUGCGACUGCCCUUCUGUGGGAAUCAUGUCAUUCCCCAUACCUACUGUGAACACAUGGGUCUGGCUCGUCUGUCUUGUGCCAGCAUCAAGAUCAAUAUUAUUUAUGGCUUAUGUGCAAUUUGUAAUCUAGUAUUUGACAUCAUAGCCAUUGCCCUUUCUUAUGUUCAGAUACUCCGUGCCGUUUUCCGUCUUCCUUCCCGUGAAGCCCGACUCAAGUCCCUCAGCACUUGUGGUUCUCAUGUUUGUGUAAUUCUUGCCUUCUAUACACCAGCCCUCUUUUCCUUUAUGACACAUCGCUUUGGCCAUAACGUCCCCCGCUAUAUCCACAUACUCCUGGCCAAUCUUUAUGUCGUAGUGCCACCAAUGCUCAACCCUGUCAUCUACGGAGUCAGAACCAAACAGAUUUAUGACCGUGUGAAGAAAAUAAUAUUAAAGAAACAAGGAAAGGAAAAAUAAUGACACCUAAUGCAUGUGUGGUUCAAUAUGAAAUUUCAUGAAACUUGAAUUAGAGAAAUUCCUUCUCACAAAAAUUAUGUUAAAAUAUGUAUCUAUAUUGGCUCUGUUCAGUAAGUAUUUAAAUGCAUUUCAUUUCCACCUGCUUUUCAGACCACUUCUCAAUAUCCAUUGCUGCAAACUCUUUGUCCCUUAAAAUUUCAUUUAGCAGGUCAUGUCAUUUUCUCUAUUCAUUUCAAUAUCUGAUUGAUAUUCAUAUAUCACAAGUUUUGAAUGCAUCCAUUGCCACUAGAUUAGUUGAUGUUUCAUGGAGCUUCUUUCUUCUCCAAAUAUAAUGGUUUUCUGAGUGUAUAUUUUCAUAAGUGCAGGAUGUUGGGGAUAUAAUGGUAACUAUUCCACUUUACCUGACUUUAUGAAAUUUACAGAGUUUAAACUUAUAAGCAAACUCAACUUACAAACGUCCUUCCUUUUUCUUUCAGCCUUUUAAGAUCUUGAUAUUUAAUGUUGUCUCCACUUAGAAAUAUCAAAGUAUUUAUAUUUAACUCAGUCUGACAUCUUUCAUAUUUCAAAUACACUACUAAUUUCAUGCACAUUUAAUAUAAUUACUAUUUUUCUAGUAAUUAAAUCUCAGAUUUACUUAUUGUCUUUUAC